AAUGUUCCCUGUUUGCUGUGGACUGUCUUUUUUUGGAAGCUGAGAGCUAUUCCCUGGAUCCCGACUUCUGUCCCUGUUUGCUGUUUCCUGGUUUCUGUCGUCAUUUGGAACUGAAUUACCUUGAUGACCGACUGGAGGACCACUUCUUCUGAUUGGACAAUUGGGGCACACAAGAGACGGGUGCAGGUGGAGAAGGGUGAAGACUGCUGGCAUGACUUGGACAACACCGAGUACGACUGCUGGCCAAGCCACAACCCCAACGACUACAACAUGAUCAGCUGUGGCGGUCUGGAGAUGGCUUGGGUGCAGCGUCCUCCGGAGAAAAUCAGCAAUGGAGAAGAGUUCAACGUGUCCUACACCGUCACAGCUUCAGACGCCUUCUACGACUACGCCGUCACUAACAACAUCUUCCAGUUCAGGUCAGACGCUCUCGUUGACGCCAUGGAGGCCAAGCGGUUCUGUGAGGAACACCAGUGUCCAUCCAACUGGAAGAACGCCAACGAGAUCAACUGUUGUGUUUAUCACGCCAACAUCCACUCCUGUCCUCUGGGUCUCAUGAAACAAGGCGGCAUCUGUGGCCCGUGGAUUCCUGACGAUGGCGAGAUCGUGACUCACACGGUGUCCAAGGCCGGCACCAUGAGUCAGAAGUAUUGGACGUCAAAGGUGGUUCUGAUCCACGUGGGAGUCACUUCGGUCAUAGCUCACAUCAAAAUAGGAAAAAUGCACGCAGCGUUGGAAUCCAAAGUUCUGGUGGUCAGCGCUCAGGUGUGCGGGGACCACGUCUGCGAGGUGGAGGAGAACUGUCUCAACUGUCCUGCAGACUGUGGCAUGUGUCCCAUGUCCAUCGCCAUCAAGGUGUCCAUCGGGCUUCCCGUCGCUCUUUUCAGCGCCGGCUUCAUCCUGACCAUGGUGUGGUUCCAGUACCAGAAACAGAAGAUGUUUUGGGAUGAAAGCUGGAUCAUUAACUACAAGAAUAUAGCGUUUGGCCGAGUGUGUGGGACAGACUUUGGCAGCACCAACAGCCCCCAGAGAGUGAAGAGAACCUCCAAUGUCAGUCAGCUGACGGACGUCACCAUGUGCACCGGAGUCAACACCUUCUUCAAGCAGGGCUUCAUCCAGCCUGCUAGCUACGAUGGAAGACGUGUUGCCGUCAAGCACAUCCAGAAGAAAAACUUCACUCUCUCCAAAAGCAUCAGGAAGGAAGUGAAAGAGGUCAGGCAACUGGACCACCCCAACCUCUGCAAGUUCAUGGGCGGCUGCAUCGAGGUCCCGUACGUCAGCAUCAUCACGGAGCACUGCCCCAAAGGAAGCCUGGCUGAUGUCCUCCUCAACGAGGACAUUCCCAUCAACUGGGGCUUCAGGCUGUCCUUCGCCACGGACGUUGCCCGGGGGAUGUCUUACCUGCAUCAGCACAAUGUGUUCCACGGAAGACUGCACUCCAGGAACUGUGUCAUUGACGAUCGCUGGGUGUGCAAGGUCUCAGAUUACGGCCUCACGCUCUACCGAAAGGAGGACUUUGAUGCCAUCAGCAACGAGUUCACCUGUGGCGAUGUCAACCGCAUCUACUGCGCUCCAGAGGUCCUGCUAGGGAGUAGCUCCACCAUGACGGCGGCAGCAGACGUCUACAGCUACGCCAUGAUCCUGGUGGAGAUAGCCACUCGCUCAGACCUCAUCUCCGACCAGGGAGAGGGCGGGAGGAUGGACAUCACCUGGCGCCCGCCUUUGCCACAACUCAAACCGGGAAAAACCGACUUGGACUGUCCCAAUCAGGAAGACUACUGGGAGCUGAUUAAGAAGUGUUGGUCUCACAACGUGACCACCAGGCCCACCUUUGAGCAAGUGAAGAAGAUGCUGGACAAGAUGAACCCUCACAAAGUCAGCCCUGUGGACAUGAUGAUGAACCUGAUGGAGAAGUACAGCAAGCAUCUGGAGGCCAUUGUUGCUGAGAGAACACAAGACCUGCUCCAAGAGAAACAGAAGACCGACCUCUUGUUGUACAGCAUGCUACCAAAGCCGGUGGCAGAUGACCUCCGCCAAGGCCGAACCACAGAAGCUCAGAGCUUCUCCAACGCCACCGUCUACUUCAGCGACAUUGUGGGCUUCACCCAGCUGUCAGGCGCCAGCACUCCCUACCAGGUGGUGGACUUCCUCAACCAGCUCUACACCACCUUUGACGACAUCAUCGACAAAUACGACGUCUACAAAGUAGAGACCAUUGGCGAUGCUUACAUGGUGGUGUCGGGGGUGCCCGAGGAAAAUGGCAUCAACCACGCGGGGGAGAUAGCCAGCAUGGCCUUGGACCUGGUUAACGUUUGCCACUCCUUCAAGAUCCCACACAAGCCCCACACGCAGCUGAAGAUCCGUGCAGGCAUCCACUCGGGACCGGUUGUGGCCGGUGUGGUUGGCACCAAGAUGCCGCGUUACUGCCUGUUCGGGGACACCGUCAACACGGCGUCUCGGAUGGAAUCCACCAGUGAAGCUUUAAAGAUCCAGGUGAGCGGCGCCACGGCUGAGCUGCUGCACACGUUGAGAGGAUACCUUCUGACCUGCAGAGGAACACUCAACGUCAAGGGCAAAGGUGAGAUGACAACAUGGUGGCUGGAAGCCAAGAGAGACGAUCACACAGAUCCACUGCUCAGCACGUCGGUGCAGUCCAGAGGCGGUCCUGUGCCGGUUGGCGACUGAAACGGAUGUUUGACACCGUACCAACAUAACAUAACCAAGUGCAAUAACUGAUCUCUUGUCAACUGUGUUUUAGUCAUUGUAGUUUCUGUCUCCAUAUUCUGUGGACUGAUGAGACUCUGCUUCCUAUAAGUGUAUUCUUCUGUGUACGUAUACUUAUGACAAUACUGGGAACAUCUGCACUGGGAUUUCCACUCCAAAUGUCUCAAGUGGUGCCUUCAAAUACCACUCAUUUUGACAGGGCUCGAUCAGAGUUUGGUGGAGUAGCCAUUAAUUGUACUCAAAAAACCUCAAGGAAGAUGUUAAUUUCGAGUAUGUCAGGUUCAAACACUGAUUAUAUUAAACAGACAAGAAGCAAGGAAUCAUGCAGAGACAAGGAGACAUAUUGGGCUGUACACUUAAUUAAAGUUCCAACCUACACUCCAAGGCAGUGGUGCCCAACCACCGCUCGAUUGGUACCGGGCAGCAGAAGAAGUUUUUAUUUAUUCAUUUUUUUUAAUAAAAAUUUUAUUUUGUUAUUAAAACUACAUAAAAAACACAAGAUACACUUACAAUUAGUGCGCCAAACCAAAAAGACCUUUUUC